GGGGAGAAUGACCUCACUGCUCUCAGCUUCCUACACGAGCCUGUUGUUCUUCACAACCUGAGAGUCCGAUUCCUGGACUACAGCAGCAUCUACACCUACUGUAGUAAAGGACAGAGGGAGGGAAUAUGAUGGAGGGACAUAGUGAGAGAGGAAUGGUAGGAAUAGGUUGAAGGAGAAAGUGAGAGAUAGGGGGUGUGGGUCUUUCUUCAGAUUCCGUUUGGCCAUAGGACAGAUGCAGUUCCUGUGUGCUCCUGCUUUUAGGGUCAUGACCUCAUAAUGCAAUCUUUACUAAAUGUAAAGUUAGUUGAAGCAAUUUCGAUAUACACUGAGUGUGGAAAACAUUAGGAACACCUGCUCUUUCCAUGACAUAUACUGACCAGGUGAAUCCAGGUGAAAGCUAUGAUCCCUUAUUGAUGUCACAUAUUAAAUCCACUUCAAUCAGUGUAGAUGAAGGGGAGGAGACAGGUUAAAGAAGGAUUUUUAAGCCUUGAGACAGUUGAGUCAUGGAUUGUGUAUGUGUGCCAUUCAGAGUGUGAACGGGCAAAACAAAAUAUUUAAGUGCCUUUGAAUGGCGUAUGGUAGUAGGUGCCAGGCACACCGGUUUGUGUCAAGAACCGCAAAGCUGCUGGGUUUUUCACACUCAACAGUUUCUCCGAGUGUAUCAAGAAUAGUCCACCACCCAAAGGACAUCCAGCCAACGCGACACAGCUGUGGGAAGCAUUGGAGUCAACAUGGGCCAGCAUCCCUGUGGAAUGCUUUCGACACCUUGUGGAGUCCAUUCCCCAACGAAUUGAGGCUGUUCUGAGGGAAAAAAUAUUUUUUCAUCAAUAUUAGGAAGGUGUGCUUAAUGUUUUGUACACUCAGUGUAUUAAAGGUCAUAAAUAAAAAAUAAUAUGUUGUAUUCCUACAGAUCCUUUCAUUCUACCAAUAACACUGAAAGUUUCACCCACCGUUCAUUCCAGGUAUUGUGUUAGUGGCUCUCAACCUGUAUGACCAGCUGCCCAUCUAUGGAGAGGAGGUGAUAGAUGCCUGCAGAGGGCAGGACAUGGCUGACGCGGAGCCUCACAGCUUCUCUGUGGCAGAAGAGGCCUACCGCACCAUGACCAGGUCAGGGGUUAAAGGUCAAGAGCCAGGGGUCACCCUCCUUGGCCUCCAUUUUAUAUGCCCUUUGUUACCUCAAAACACUGCCGUUUUGCCUGCUCUUUGGGGGUUUGGUUGAGGGUUGCUGUUGUUUGUAAAGAUCUACAGGUAAAAUGUCAGUGACUUAUGGAUGUUCUUGGGUCUGAAAACAACAGAGCCUUUGAUCGAAUCUCUUCACCCUGCGUGACAAAUGAUUCUGGAAAUAGGAAUGGCUAUUGAGUGGGUAGUUGUCUCUAUGUGCAGGGAGGAUAAGAACCAGUCCAUUAUAAUCAGUGGGGAGUCUGGUGCAGGGAAAACAGUCUCUACUAAGUUCACCAUGCACUACUUUGCCGUGGUGGGCGGAGCAGCCCAGCAGACCAGUGUGGAGGAGAGAGUACUGGCCUCCAACCCCAUCAUGGAGGUACUGACAUGUGGGUGAAUGUGUGGAUGAAUUCCGCUUUCCUGCAGUCAAAUGACCUCAAAUGGCCUCAUAGGUGGAAUGUUAUUAAUAUUUUUCAUAAUUUCAUAAUUAAUCAACAUUAUUUAUUUUUUUACGCAGAAAAUCCGGUGUUUCGAUGUCAAACAGUUUUAUUAUAUUUCAGUAUUCUGUGAUGUAUAUACUGUAAAGUGUAAUAUUGGGAUGCAAACUCAAAAUUGAAUACAUUUCAACUCUAUAUCUGACAUGGUACAGGUGUCUUCAUUUUUUAAGCCCAUAACCAUGUGUGUGAGGUGUAAACUUUUGUUUCAAAGUAGAUUUGUUUAAGACUACCAAAAUACCCUCUGUAUGACCCUGAUUUCGCCCACUGCAGUAAAAGUUUAACCUGUAAAGCUGUUCAAGAUUUUAAUUUUUGAAGAGUGUGAUUUUGGAAAAAGCGUAUGAAAAAUGAGUACUGUAUUGUAUCAGUAUUCAGUUCUAAAGGUAAUAGCUAAAACGAUGUAAUCUAUCAUAAUUAUGAUUCUCUCCUUUACUCUUUAGUCCAUUGGGAAUGCUAAGACUACUUGCAACGACAACAGUAGCCGGUUUUGGAAAUACAUUGAGAUAGGCUUCAGACGGAAGGGCGAUAUCAUUGGGGCCAACAUGAGGACGUACCUGCUGGAGAAGUCUCGAGUCGUCUUCCAAGCGUCACAGGAGAGGAAAUACCACAGAUGAGAUGAGAGUCCUCAAACUGGGUGAGACCGCAUAAUAAUAAUAUGCCAUUUAGCAGACGCUUUUAUCCAAAGUGACUUACAGUCAGUCAUGUGUGCCUACAUUUUUAUGUAUGGGUGGUCCCGGGGAUCGAACCCACUACCCUGGCGUUACAAGUGCCAUGCUCUACCAAUUGAGCUACAGAGGACCACAUAGAAUUCAUUAACCUAUUACAACAAUAACAGGGAACACAUGAACAUCAGUGUAUUUCAGAAUGGGUUCAUUAAGUGAGUGUUUUGAUGUGUGUCUCUGUAGGUGGUGCUGAAACGUUACACGAACCAAGGAGGAGAAGAUUCCAUGCAGAUCCUAGGCACUGAUGAUGUAGUAGAUCUGCUGCUAUGCAUUCACUAUACUGGGUUUACAGCAUCUAUAUUACAUAUAUCUAUGCUAACAUGUUUACUCUGCAUAUAGUCCUAUCCAGUAGGAUCAUGCUGCUAUGUGUGCUCCUACAGGUGGGUCUCCUGACCAGCAGAUGGAGCCCUUCAGGAUCCUGGCAGUCUGCACCUGGGCAAUGUCAACAUCCAGGCCAGUGGGAGAGGUCGUGAUUGAAGUUACAUUGAUGUAAGAUUCUUUUUUUAAAGUACUUUUUCCACAUUAUAUCCCUGAAACUCACAAAAGUAUCUCAAAUAUCCCAUAACCAGAGGAAGGACCAUUCCCUGGCGGUGUUUUCCAAGCUGCUGGGGGUGGAGCGGACCCAGAUGGCCCACUGGCUGUGCCACCGCAGGCUGGCAGUAGGGGGAGAGAUGAUGGUCAGCAGGCCCUAGAGGCCCGGGACGCCCUGGCCAAGCAUGUGUACGGUCAGCUGUUCACCUGGACCAUGACCCGGCUCAACUCAGCCCUCCAUGCCCAGAGGGAGCAGGCCAAGUAAUUUAUUGGGGUGCUGGACAUCUAUGGGUGAGUAGCAAGGACAAGGAGUAACACUUGAAAUUAAGUUGGUCUUAUACUUGUGUAGUGACACUGUCGUAACAACAUGGUAUUAACAUAUUCCCCUCUUUGUCCAUUUCUCUUUGGCAGGUUUGAGACCUUUGAAAGGAACAGUUUUGAACAGUUCUGUAUAAAUUAUGCCAAUGAGAAACUGCAGCAGCAAUUCAACAGGGUGAGUCACCAAGUGAGUGCCUGCUAGCGUGUGCAUAAAUAUGAAUGUCUGUUUCCAUGAACUGGUUAUCCUCAUUUCCCCUCAGUAACCCUUGGUCUUCCUCUCCUCACCUCAGCACGUGUUCCAGUUGGAGCAGGAGGAGUAUGUCCGUGAGGAGGUGCCAUGGAGCACGACAUAGUUCAGUGACAACCAGCCGUGCAUCGCUGUCAUCGAGGGACAGCUGGGCCUGCUGGAUGAGGAGUGCAGGGUCAGUCACAGUCCUGGUUUCUAUCGAGACCACAUUGUGUUGUGUCUGCUUUGUGUUAAUGUGUCCAAACCGGCUUGAAAUACGAUGAAUAAUGUACUCAGGAUAUGAUACUAAAUCAUCACUGAGUGCACUGGCAAGCCAAGAAUGCUUUGUGGUGGAUUUGAAAAAUAGACUGUUGUCUUAAGUCCAAAAAGCAUGUUCUGCCAGAAAAAGUAUUGUUCUAUUAAAAGUCAAACUUCAAAGUAUUUAUAUAAAAAGCAAAAGAUUUCUCAAAUGUAUAUUGAUCUACAAAAACCUUACUCCCAUGGUGUCUGUUUCCUUGAUCAGCUGGGCUAGGAAGCUGUAUGAUCAGCUGGGCUAGGAAGCUGUAUGAUCAGCAUCAGAGUAAUGACCCAGUCCACACUUCUGCAAACCUCGCUUGUCUAACUCUGCCUUCACCUUCCUGCACUUCGCUGACACGUGAGGCAAAAUCUGAAAAGAUUCAAUGUUUUUAUACAAUAAGUGCUGAAAGUUAUUUACCUUUCUUUCAUGUUAAUCAGGUGCAAUAUGAAUGUGAUGGCUUUUUAGACAAGAACCAGGACACAGUUUUUGAGGAACCCAUCAACAUCCUGAGAGCUAGUCAGGUAUACAUGUCCAUGCCGUCUCUUUUUACUUAAACUCAUUGUAUAAAUGGAACAAGGACUGCAUGAACACUCUUAGAAAAAAAGGUGCUAUCUAGAACCGCAAAGGGUUCUUCGACUGUUCCCAUAGGAGAACCCUUUGUAGAACCCAUUUUGGUACUAGGUAGGACCCUUUUGGUUCCAGGUAGAACCCUUUGGGGUUCAUUGUAGAACCCUUUCCACAGAGGUUUCUACAUGGAACCCAAAAGGGUUCUACCUGGAACCAAAAAGGGUUCUCCUAUAAGGACAGUCGAAGAACCCUUUUGAAACCCUUUUUUCUAAGAGUGUAGGGAUGAUCUACAGCUUUCCCCUUGUCAAAACUCUUGGCUCAUUGUUGUAACCUCCUUGUCCUACUGUACGUAUUUGAGUGCAUCUCUAGAAGAGGUGUCCUCUUCUCAUUUUGAGGGAGGCUUUACUGAGGAACCAGCUCUCAGCUGUCCACUUUUGUCAAUUUGUGGUGAAAUCUCGGAUCUCAUCCUAGGGUGAAAUGGACAGAAGCCUUUUUAACCUACUGUAACCCUCUCUGUUGACCUUGUGUCUGUAUUCGGUCUGUACAUUGUCUAUUGCAGCACCUAUUCACUAAGUUAAAUUCCGGGUAUCCGUAAAUGUACUUGACGAAUAAAGUGAUUCUGAUUGUCUGUCUCUCUGUCAGUCUGAGUUGGUGGCUGAGCUGUGCCAGCAGGGGGCACUCUGUCCCUGUCAAGUGGGAAGUCCUCUCUGCCCAAUGGCAGUCUGCGCUCUGGCCCUGGAAAGAGCGCUCACAGGGAACACAAACUGUGGGCUUCCAGGAAUGGUGUCUCCCCCUGCUGAUGCCAGGCAACAACACAGCCAGUAUCUACACCUAUUAUUGAAAUGCAUCUUCAUUUCCAGCUUUUUUUCAGUUGACAGAAUCUAUUUGUUUUCUUGCUGCCAUAUAAUGUCUGUAUUACUUCUUCAUCCAUGGCUUGUCGUCCUUGUUGUUCGGUGGACUCUGGGACAGGAGUGUGAGUUUGUGUGUUCCUCCAUGUUUCUCUGUGUAGUUCCGUCAGUCUCUGCAGCUGCUGAUGGACACUGAACAGCACCACCCCCCACUACGUCCGCUGCAUGAAGCCCAAUUACCUUGUGGAAAUUCUUACACAGAGACUCUCGAAGUCAGUCUUAAAUUAAUCAUUGUUUAUUAACAGUUAACUGGAGAGGUUCCAACAAACUUGAUGCACCAUAGUGAACGUCUGGCAGGAGCUCUAACGGGGCAGUCCCUUUAGUUCUCUUAUAUACUGCAGACAAGUCAUAUUUGCAUGAUUUAGCUUAUUCAUAAUUAAUUCAUCAUUAACGUUUGCUUCCUUCAUGUGACCGACCAAUACUGGGUCAUGUAUGUGACAGACCAAUACCUCACGAGGCUUCUUCUCUAAGCUGAGACCUUGAUACUGAGAUAUCUUUCGUUCUCAAAACAAGGGUCUGAGCGUACUGCCAAAUUGCACAUACUGAUAGUGAGGAUACGCUCAGUCAGUCACUUGCAUGAACACAGAAAACGGUUAUUAGAAAAGCACAAACAUAGAACACAGAAAUGUAUAAAUAGAAAAGCACCAAUAUUCCAUCACAACCUCAAAGAGCCUUUUGUGUGAGUCAGACCCCUGUGCUCCAGCUCCAACUGUGUGUGUGUGUGUGUGUGUGUGUGUGUGUGGUGGGGUAGGUGUGUAUGUGUGCAAUGUGAUAAACAGUGUGUAUCCAGUGUGGCGCGAGGUGUGUUAACCUCUUAAGGAUCGGACCCUGUUUUUCAAUUUUCGCCUAAAAAGGAUAUGCAUAUUCUUGAUACCAUUUGAAAGGAAACACUUUGAAGUUUGUGGAAAUGUGAAAUUAAUGUAGGAGAAUAACACAUUAGAUCUGGUAAAAGAUAAUACAAACAAAAAAACAUGCGUUUUCUAUUAAUUUUUUUGUUCCAUCAUCUUUGAAAUGCAAGAGAAAGGCCACAAUAUAAUAUUGCAGUUUAGGCGCAAUUUAGAUGUUGGCCACUAGAUGGCAGCAGUGUGUGUGCAAAGUUUCAGAUUGAUCCAGUGAAGCAUUGCAAUACUGGACUAUUUUGUAUCAAGUCUGCCCAAAUGUGCCUAAUUGGUCAAUUGAUACAUUUUCAAGUACAUAACUAUGGAGAACAUACAAAAAUGAUAUGGUAAUACAAAAUGUAAGUUUACACAUUCCCAGGAAUGUCAUACAUGAUGGAUCAUGUAUGACAUUAGCUGGAGGGGUGCUCUCAUCUGGAGGGGUGCUCUCAUCUUAUCUACCAACAUAGAUAGGGCUCUAACUCCUCUAGCCCCACAGUGAAAUAGGGUGCAGGCCAGGCAGCAGGCUGUUAGCCAACCUGCCAGCUUAGUGGAGUCUGCCAAUAGCAUAGUCAGUGUAGUCAGCUCAGCCAUACCCAUUGAGACUGUGUCUGUGCCUCGACCUAGGUUGGGCAAAACUAAACAUGGCGGUGUUCGCCUUAGCAAUCUUAUUAGGAUAAAGACCUCCUCCAUUCCUGCCAUUAUUGAAAGAGAUCGUGAUACCUCACAUCUCAAAAUAGGGUUACUUAAUGUUAGAUCCCUCACUUCAAAGGCAGUCAUAGUCAAUGAACUAAUCACUGAUCAUAAUCUUGAUGUGAUUGGCCUGACUGAAACAUGGCUUAAGCCUGAUGAAUUUGCUGUGUUAAAUGAGGCCUCACCUCCUGGUUACACUAGUGACCAUAUUCCCAGUGCAUCCCGCAAAGGCGGAGGUGUUGCUAACAUUUACGAUAGCAAAUUUCAAUUUACAAAAAAAAAAAUGCCGUUUUCGUCUUUUGAGCUUCUAGUCAUGAAAUCUAUGCAGCCUACUCAAUCACUUUUUAUAGCUACUGUUUACAGGCCUCCUGGGCCAUAUACAGCGUUCCUCUCUGAGUUUCCUGAAUUCCUAUCAGACCUUGUAGUCAUAGCAGAUCAUAUUCUAAUUUUUGGUGAUUUUAAUAUUCACAUGGAGAAGUCCACAGACCCACUCCAAAAGUCUUUCGGAGCCAUCAUCGACUCAGUGGGUUUUGUCCAACAUGUCUCUGGACCUACUCACUGCCACAGUCAUACUCUGGACCUAGUUUUGUCCCAUGGAAUAAAUGUUGUAGAUCUUAAUGUUUUUCCACAAAAUCCUGGACUAUCGGACCACCAUUUUAUUACGUUUGCAAUCGCAACAAAUAAUCUGCUCAGACCCCAACCAAGGAGCAUCAAAAGUCGUGCUAUAAAUUCUCAGACAACACAAAAAUUCCUUGAUGCCCUUCCAGACUCCUUCUGCCUACCCAAGGACGUCAGAGGACAAAAAUCAGUUAACCACUUAACUGAGGAACUCAAUUUAACCUUGCGCAAUACCCUAGAUGCAGUUGCACCCCUAAAAACGAAAAACAUUUGUCAUAAGAAACUAGCUCCCUGGUAUACAGAAAAUACCUGAGCUUUGAAGCAAGCUUCCAGGAAAUUGGAACGGAAAUGGCGCCACACCAAACUGGAAGUCUUCCGACUAGCUUGGAAAGACAGUACCGUGCAGUACCGAAGAGCCCUCACUGCUGCUCGAUCAUCCUACUUUUCCAACUUAAUCGAGGAAAAUAAGAACAAUCCAAAAUUUAUUUUUGAUACUGUUGCAAAGCUAACUAAAAAGCAGCAUUCCCCAAGAGAGGAUGGCUUUCACUUCAGCAGUAAUAAAUUCAUGAACUUCUUUGAGGAAAAGAUCAUGACCAUUAGAAAGCAAAUUACGGACUCCUCUUUGAAUCUGCGUAUUCCUCCAGGGCUUAGCUGUCCUGGAUCUGCACAGCUCUGCGAGGGCCUGGGAUCGGGAGAGACACUUAAGUGUUUUAGUACUAUAUCUCUUGACACAAUGAUGAAAAUAAUCAUGGCCUCUAAACCUUCAAGCUGCAUACUGGAUCCUAUUCCUACUAAACUGCUGAAGGAGCUGCUUCCUGUGCUUGGCCCUCCUAUGUUGAACAUAAUAAACAGCUCUCUAUCCACCGGAUGUGUACCAAACUCACUAAAAGUGGCAGUGAUAAAGCCUCUCUUGAAAAAGCCAAACCUUGCCCUGGAAAAUAUAAAAAACUAUCGGCCUAUAUCGAAUCUUCCAUUCCUCUCAAAAAUUUUAGAAAAAGCUGUUGCGCAGCAACUCACUGCCUUUCUGAAGACAAACAAUGUAUACGAAAUGCUUCAGUCUGGUUUUAGACCCCAUCAUAGCACUGAGACUGCACUUGUGAAGGUGGUAAAUGACCUUUUAAUGGCGUCAGACCGAGGCUCUGCAUCUGUCCUCGUGCUACUAGACCUUAGUGCUGCCUUUGACACCAUCGAUCACCACAUUCUUUUGGAGAGACUGGAAACCCAAAUUGGUCUACACGGACAAGUUCUGGCCUGGUUUAGAUCUUACCUGUCGGAAAGAUAUCAGUUUGUCUCUGUGAAUGGUCUGUCCUCCGACAAAUCAACUGUACAUUUCGGUGUUCCUCAAGGUUCCGUUUUAGGACCACUAUUGUUUUCACUAUAUAUUUUACCUCUUGGGGAUGUUAUUCGAAAACAUAAUGUUAACUUUCACUGCUAUGCGGAUGACACACAGCUGUACAUUUCAAUGAAACAUGGUGAAGCCCCAAAAUUGCCCUCGCUAGAAGCCUGUGUUUCAGACAUAAGGAAGUGGAUGGCUGAAAACUUUCUACUUUUAAACUCGGACAAAACAGAGAUGCUUGUUCUAGGGCCCAAGAAACAAAGAGAUCUUCUGUUAAAUCUGACAAUUCAUCUUGAUGGUUGUAAAGUCGUCUCAAAUAAAACUGUGAAGGACCUCGGCGUUACUCUUGACCCUGAUCUCUCUUUUGACGAACAUAUCAAGACUGUUUCAAGGACAGCUUUUUUCCAUCUACGUAACAUUGCAAAAAUCAGAAAUUUUCUGUCCAAAAAUGAUGCAGAAAAAUUAAUCCAUGCAUUUGUUACUUCUAGGUUAGACUACUGCAAUGCUCUACUUUCCGGCUACCCGGAUAAAGCACUAAAUAAACUUCAGUUAGUGCUAAAUACGGCUGCUAGAAUCCUGACUAGAACCAAGAAAUUUGAUCAUAUUACUCCAGUGCUAGCUUCCCUACACUGGCUUCCUGUUAAGGCAAGGGCUGAUUUCAAGGUUUUACUGUUAACCUAUAAAGCGUUACAUGGGCUUGCUCCUACCUAUCUUUCCGAGUUGGUCCUGCCGUACAUACCAAUACGUACGCUACGGUCACAAGACGCAGGCCUCCUAAUUGUCCCUAGAAUUUCUAAGCAAACAGCGGGAGGCAGGGCUUUCUCCUAUAGAUCUCCAUUUUUAUGGAACAGUCUGCCUACCCAUGUGAGAGACGCAGACUCGGUCUCAACCUUUAAGUCUUUACUGAAGACUUAUCUCUUCAGUAGGUCAUAUGAUUGAGUGUAGUCUGGCCCAGGAGUGUGAAGGUGAACGGAAAGGCUCUGGAGCAACGAACAGCCCUUGCUGUCUCUGCCAGGCCGGUUCCCCUCUCUCCACUGGGGUUCUCUGCCUCUAACCCUGUUACAGGGGCUGAGUCACUGGCUUGCUGGUGCUCUUUCAUGCCGUCCCUAGGAAGGGUUGCAUCACUUGAGUGGGUUGAGUUACUGACGUGAUCUUCCUGUCUGGGUUGGCGCCCCCCCUUGGUUUGUGCUGUGGUGGAGACCUCUGUGGGCUAUACUCGGCCUUGUCUCAGGAUUGUAAGUUGGUGGUUGAGGAUAUCCCUCUAGUGGUGCGGGGGCUGUGCUUUGGCAGAGUGGGUGGGGUUAUAUCCUUCCUGUUUGGCCCUGUCCGGGGGCUUCUUCGGAUGGGGCCACAGUGUCUCCGGACCGCUCCUGUCUCAGCCUCCAGUAUUUAUGCUGCAGUAGUUUAUGUGUCGGGGGGCUGGGGUUAGUUGGUUAUACCUGGAGUACUUCUCCUGUCUUAUCCAGUGUCCUGUGUGAAUUUAAGUAUGCUCUCUCUAAUUCUCUCGUUCUCUCUUUCUCUCUGAGAACCUGAGCCCUAGGACCAUACGUCAGGACUACCGGGCAUGCUGACACCUUGCUGUCCCCAGUCCGCCUGGCCUUGCUGCUAUUCCAGUUUCAACUGUUCUGCCUGCGGUUACGAAACCCCUACCUGUCCCAGACCUGCUGUUUUCAACUCUUAAUGAUCGGCUAUGAAAAGCCAACUGAGAGACCUGAGCCCUAGGACCAUACGUCGGGACUACCGGCCGUGGUGACUCCUUGCUGUCCCCAGUCCGCCUGGCCUUGCUGCUAUUCCAGUUUAAACUGUUCUGCCUGCGGUUAUGGAACCCCUACCUGUCCCAGACCUGCUGUUUUCAACUCUUAAUGAUCGGCUAUGAAAAGCCAACUGAGAUUUAUUCCUGAUUAUUAUUUGACCAUGCUUGUCACUUAUGAACAUUUUUGAACAUCUUGGCAUGGUUCUGUUAUAAUCUCCACCCGGCACAGCCAGAAGAGGACUGGCCACCCCUCAUAGCCUGGUUCCUCUCUAGGUUUCUUCCUAGGUUUUGGCCUUUCUAGGGAGUUUUUCCUAGCCACCGUGCUUCUACACCUGCAUUACUAGCUGUUUGGGGUUUUAGGCUGGGUUUCUGUACAGCACUUCGAGAUAUUAGCUGAUGUACGAAGGGCUAUAUAAAAUAAAAUUGAUUGAUUGAUUGAUCAUUAGCUUAUACACUAACUUUCACACAUCUAGAUGGCAGGGCAUGGUGGGUGUGGAGCCAGAGACAGCAGGGGUUCAAACUGUAGAACCCAGUUCCUACAUUUGAAUAUUAAAAUGGAUUUUAUCAAACAAAACUAUGCUAUAUUUUAUCUCUGGGACCCUUAGGAUGACAAAUCAGAGCAAGAUUACUGAAUGUAAGUACAUUAUUUACCUUCAGAGGUGAAUGUAUCAGACCAGUUGCCGUGAUAAGUUUUUUGUUGUUGUGCACUCUCCUCAAACAAUAGCAUGGUAUAUUUUCACUGUAAUAGCUACUGUGAAUUGGACAGUGCAGUUGGAUUAACAAGAAUUUAAGCUUUCUGCCCAUAUAAGAUAUGUCUAUGUCCUGAAAUGUCAUGCUAAUCACAUUUGCUCAACCGUCCUGUAUAUGGGACACCGAUCCCGUAGAGGUUAAACAGUGUUUGUAUAAUGUGUUUAUUGUCAGUAGGGUGUGUGUGUGUGGUGUGUGUGUGUGUGUGUGUAGAGUGUUAAGCAGAUUUCCCCUGUCAGGUUUGACCCUAAAAGGGCAGUCCAGCAGCUGCAUGCCUGUGGGGUGCUGGAGACCAUACGCAUCAGUGCUGCAGGCUACCCAUCCAUGUACACUGUACAUUUAACAUCAGUCACAGACAAAGCCUUCAUAUACACGGUUAAUUUGCAUAUAGUAGCAUAGUUAUUUCAUAUACGUUGAAUAUUGUACCUGUCCUGUACCUAAGUUGAUGAAAAACACACAAUCCAAGGUCUCAGAGUAUUUGUACUCACUUUGUCAAACUCUGUCUCCCUCCUCACUCGAACAUCUUGGUUCCAGGGACCUAUGCAGAGUUCUGUAGCCGGUACCGGGUGCUCUUGCGCAGGGGUGGGUUUCAGACCCAGGAGCAGAUUCAGGCGUCGUGCCAGCGGGCCCUGCCAGAGAUCAUCCCAGACCGGGAACAGUACUGCUUUGGAAAGACCAAGGUGUUCUUCCGGACAGGGCAGGUAGCUCUGCUGGAGAGGAUGAGGGCAGAGAGGCUGAGGGCGGCGGGGGUGAUCAUCCAGAGCUGGGUCAGAGGCUGGCUGGGCCGCAGGAGAUACAUUAAGACCCACUUGGGCAAAACUCACCAUCCAGAGACACACCAGAGGAGCCCUGGCCAAACGGUGAGAGCAGAAUGACUGGCUGUGUGGCACGAUAACACAUCAAUGUUAUUUGACUGUGUACUGCCAUAUAGUACAAUGUGUCUCAGCAGUAGGGCAUCUACAUUUGUCCAGCUAUUCAAACUACUGUAGUGCUCUGUGUGGUGUAGGCUGGCAGACACUCUGCGCUGCACCAAGGCAGCGCUGGUCAUCCAGAAGACGGAUGUUCCUGAUGAUCCGCGAGGCCACCGUCUCCAUCCAGACCUUCACCAGGGGCACGCUGGCACAACGCCAAUACAGACUGGUGAGGAAAGGCUGGCACAAAGGCCCCACAAUCUAUCUAGCAAUAAAUCAAAUGUUUUUAUGGCUUUAAAUAUAAAAUGCAUUUCAUAUAUUUAAUACCAGGCCUAAACCUCCAGAGAUAAGGCAGGGUAGGACCCAGGAACUUCUCCUCAGUAAUAUCUGAUCCAGAUGCUAGACUGUCCUUGUACUUUAUCACAACUGUAAUCCUUUAGUUUGUAUCCAAAACCCCAGUAGGUUGUGUGUGUGAUAAUACAAUGCAUCUCUUCUUCUUCUCUUCUCCUUCCCCAGGUGGUGGUGGAGCGGGCAGCGGUGUUACUGCAGUCUGCAGUGCGUGGCUGGCUGGCCCGGCGGGUGUACAGGCGGGUGAUCGCAGCAAUGUGCUGAUACAGUGCUGUGUGAGGCGGCGGGCAGCUAGGAGGGUGCUGGUGAAGCUGAAGGCAGAGGUUCGCUCAUUGGAGAAGUUCAGAGAACUCAACAAGGGCAUGGAGUUCAAACUGAUGCAGCUGCAGCUCAGGGCUGACCAGGAGGUGAGAUGCUGGGGUUAUGGUGGGUGGUGAGAAAGGGGAUGGGAUGGUGCAUGGGUGGAGGUGUAGAAGGGUGGAGAAGCCUGGGAAGGAGAUGGUGAGGGGGCUUCAGAAGACAAUGGAUUGUUUUUUUUGGGGAUAGGUAGAGGAGACCAGGUGUUUGUAGGAGGUGGGCUGGUGGAUUUUGAGGAGGUACAUCCAGAGUGAAAAAAAUACAUGUGCAAAAUGAAUAAUACAGAAGUGAAAAUGUGUGUGUGUUUAUGUGUGUGUCUUCAGAUCACAGAUAGCAGUGCUCUGAGAGAGACCCUCCAGGAGGAGCGUAAGGCCCACAGCACUGAGCUGGAUGCCCUGCGGGGGCGCUAGUUAAACUGGAGAACCAGCUAGAGACCCAGCUCCAGGCCCAGCAGCCUCAGUCCAGCCCCGCCAUCACAGAGAAGGAGAUGGAAGAGAGGAUGGGGGCAGAGGAGAAAGCAGCCCAGGAGAUUCUACGACUCACACAGGUAGGUCUUGUUGAUCCUAAUGGAUCUGGAACAUCCCUUAUGGUUUUCUGCGGAGUAGUGGUAUUUAAGGUCACGGUCACUCACCUCUUUCUCUGUUUACAGUAGGUGAAGGCCCUGCAGGAGAGAGGGACUCUUUGGGGAAAGAGAAGGAGGAUCUGAGCACUCGCUUACUGAAGCAGGGGAAGGCUCAGGAGGGUAGGUGUAUUCAUAAUUGCUAUAUGUUUUUAUCAAUGUGUGUAUCUACAUUUGUCUGUAAUCAUGCGUACAUGUGUGUUGGUGUGUGUGUGUGUGUGUGUGUGUGUGUGUGUGUGUCCAGAGUGUGUAGUCCAGGCGCUGGCCCAGGCAGGUAAAGCUCUGACAGCUGAGCUGGAUGAAGAGGAAGUACCAGGGCCUGCUCAGAGAGUUCACCAGGCUGGAGCAGAGAUACGACAACUUCCGAGAGAUGAGCAUGUUCACUGAGGUACUCAUAUCCAACUCUAUAUUUCACUAGCUUGGGUGCCAGUCUCUCUGUUUUGCCAAUGUGAGGCAUAAAUGUAGCAUUGUAGAGUGAUACCCAGGCUAUACUAUUCAACCUCUCUAAAAAAUAAUAAUAUUUCUCUGUGUGUACUAAGGGCCACAGAUGGACAGAUUCAAACCAGAGCCUGAUCCUGGAUCCCCGGUCCCCAUCUCUGUCCCCAUUGUCGCCCCGCUUUUCCGGUCCCCCUGCCUUCCCGGUCACACCUUCCUUCUUCGGCCUCCCUGCCUUCCCCUCUAUGGAGGAGGUGAGGAGGGUUAGUGUGACGUCCCCCACCACAGAGAGGAUGGCCUGGCCUGGCUCGGACACACCCAUGGUGAGACCCCCACCCUCUGGAUAGAUAGGUCCUUAACGGGGAAUCAGUAGGAUGGGUGUGAUUUAGUCCUACUUAUCAAUCAAACAAUAUGGCUUCUCAUGAUUGGCUGAGAUUAUGCUGUCUGAUGGAGAAUAUGGGUGUGGCUAAAGACUCAGCUGGGAAGAUGACAGGAGAAGAUCUGGGGCAGGCCUAUGAUGCUGUACGAGUGGCCAACAAGUCAGUCCUUGUUUCCUGAUCAAUACCUUCACAGCAAUAAAUAUGUUUUAUUGUGACAUACACCGGAUAGGUGCAGUGUAAUGUGUUGUUUUACAGGGUCAGCCAUAGUAGUACAGCGCCCCUGGAGCAAAUUAGGGUUAAGUGCACAUCGACAGAUUUCUCACCUCGUCGGCUCGGGUAUACGAACCAGCGAUAUUUUGGUUACUGGUCCAACACUCUAACCGCUAGGCUACCUGCCACCUUUUAUAUAUUUACAUUUUGUUACCAUAAACGAAUGCAGAUAGAUUCUACCCCCAGUCUGUGUGUUCCUGUCAGGUUCCUGGAGAGCCAGCUGCGGAGCCAGCACUCUCAGAAGGAGGCGGAGUUGGAGGCCCUGAGGCUGCAGGUUAAACUGACCUGCUCUGACCCCUCCUCCACUGCAUACCAGCAGGUAGGGCCUCAUUUCAGUGGUCUGGCAUCUUGAGGUGGAUUAUAGUGCAGAUACUGUAACUUUGGGCGUCGCUGCUAUUAAUGUGUCAUAAUGGUCCUGUAUGUGUGCUCACUGUUCAGUACCUGGUGGAGCUGGUCGAAGCCAGGGAGCGGGAGGUCUGCAGACUGAGGAGAGAACUAAGCGCGCUGAGACACACAGCCACACUCAGGAGACCACUGACACAGACAGGUCUGGAAAAACACACACAAUUAUUAUACAGUACACCUGAAAAAUGCCAAGUCCACAGAGGAUUCCCCUGCCCCCCUGGCCAAGGCUGGGAUUGUCACAGGGCUGCUGGAGUGUAGGAAGAGGGACGAGGCCAAGCUCAUGAAGACCCUGAUAACAGGUAGGAUCCCCGACCCCAACCCUAACCCCAGCCCAAACCCUAAAUAUAUCCCCAGCCCUAACUCCAUCCCCAACUCUAACUCCAGCCCCAACUCCAGCCCCAACCCUAACUCCAGACCCAACUCUAACUCCAUCCCUAACCCUAACCCCAGCCCCAACCCUAACCCCAGCCCCACCUCCAGCCCCAACCGUAAACCCAGCCCCAACCCUAACCCCAGCCCCACCUCCAGGGCCAACCGUAAACCCAGCCCCAACCCUAACUACAGGGCCAACCAAAAUUUUUAUAACAAUAAUAAAAUAAAAUAA